AGAGCCUAGAGCGCGUACGUGCAAGAUCGAUCGACGGGGACACGGCCAUGGCUCGGCGAAUCACUGGUGUCAUUGCCGCCGCCGGCUUCAUGCUCCUCCUCGGUGCCAGCAGCUGCUUCUUCCUGCUGGCAUCCGCAGACAGGGACGGCGGGGCCAUGCGGUACAACGCCAUGUUCAACUUCGGCGACUCGCUGUCGGACACGGGCAACCUCUGCGUGAACAAGUCGGCGGCGGAGGAGCUCCUGCUCACCUUCGCCAACCCGCCCUACGGCAUGACCUACUUCGGCCACCCCACCUGCCGCUGCUCCGACGGCCGCCUCGUCGUCGACUUCCUCGCGCAGUCGCUGGGCCUCCCUUUUCUUCCCCCGUCCAAGCUCCCCGGCGCCGACUUCCGGAAGGGCGCCAACAUGGCCAUCGUGGGCGCCACGGCGCUGGACUUCGAGUUCCUCAAGUCCAUCGGCCUCGGCUACCCGAUCUGGAACAACGGUGCCAUCAACGUGCAGCUCCAGUGGUUCCGCGACCUCCUCCCCCGCAUCUGCGGGACGCCGCAGAGCUGCAGGCCCUACCUCGCCAGGUCCCUCUUCCUCCUCGGCUCCAUCGGCGGCAACGACUACAACGCCAUGCUCUUCUUCGGCUUCAACGUCAGCCGCGCCAAGAGCUACGCCCCCAACGUCGUCGACAAUAUCGCCACCGCCCUCGAGAGGCUGAUCGAGCUGGGCGCGGUGGACAUCGUGGUGCCGGGGACGCUGCCCAUCGGGUGCGUCGCGCUCUACCUCGCGGUGCUGCCGAGCCGCCACAAGUCGGACUACGACGAGCACGGCUGCCUCAAGCCGCUCAACGACCUCGUCAUGUACCACAACUCGCUGCUCCAGGACAGGCUCAACCGCGCCCGCGCCAGGCACGGGCCGGCGGCGAGGAUCAUGUACGCGGACUACUACGCCUACGCCAUGGACAUGCUCCGCGACCCGGCGCGCUUCGGCUUCACCGCGGCCGUCGCCGCGUGCUGCGGCGCGGGCGGCGGCCCGUACAACUUCCAGUUGGACGCGCGGUGCGGGAUGAAGGGCGCGACCGCGUGUGGCGACCCGUGGAGGCACGAGUCGUGGGACGGCGUGCACCCGACGGAGGCGGUGAACAGGCUCGUCGCCGACGGGUGGCUCAGGGGACCAUCCUGCCACCCUCCCAUCCUGCAGUAAUAUACUAUCACCUACGGCAGGAGAAUGAAGAUGCGGGGAAAACGUGAUGUUUAGUGUAGUAGUUUGAGGCUUCCGAUCACCGCCAUUAGCCAACAUCUUUGCGGCCUUUAGCCCUUUACCUUUCGGUACUGUACUCUUAUGUGUAGGUGUAGCCGAACCUUGAAGAUCACUACCCAGCCCAGUGUCCGUUUUUCAUCAUAUGCUUUUGCUGAAAUUUUCAUCGACUACAACCUAGAACCUUUUCAUACUCACCCAUGCAUCAUAGUUUGAUGAUUCCGAAAUUUGCAUCAUUAUCUUUUGAACCUCAA